GACAUGUCAAUAAUCAAUAUGGUAACCUCUGUUUUUAUCUUUGACAGAAGAAAUUAAACACUAUUUUAAUAGAAAACAUUAAUAAUUAUUAUUUUUUAUUCCACGUUAAUUGAUCUUUUGUGUUCUCAAAGUGUUCAUAAUAUACAAUAUUAAAAAGGAAGUGAUACAUUAUUAAGAUGGCAAACAUUAUUCCUCCACUUGUUAGUGAAACUCCUCCACCACCCCCUUCAGAUGAUGAAGAUGACGACGAAUUUGAUGAUUUUAGAGGGUCUAAUGAUAUAUCAUAUGGCUGUGACAGUUUUUCUCUAUCUUCUCCGGAUCAGUCCCCUAAGAAACUGCCUAAAGAAGUUUUAAAUAGCAAAGAUGAACCUGUUUUAUAUUUAGAAUCAGAAAAAAACGAUAUAGACAACUCAAAGGAAACCUUACAAGCUAAUGAUCUUGAAAGAAGUAAAGAUAGAGAUGAAAAUUUAGUUAUAUCAACAGAUUCGUUAAAGGAAGACAUUACUGAAUCAACGAAUGAAAGUUCUGGUUCGAAAAGUAAAGAAUCUGAUGACUUUUUUAGUAAAAAUAAUUAUGUUAAUCGAGAAUUAGGAGAUAAUAUUACAGAAAACAUUCCAGGUCAAUUGAUUAUUGAAAAUAACUCAAGUCAUGAAAGUAAAAUUUGUGAUAAUAGUGAUAAACCCAUAAAAAGUAAUCCUGAUAUAUCAAAUGAGGAUACUAAUGAACUGAAUACAUCAAAUGGUUGUUCUUUGGAAGACGCUGAUAGUAUAAAAAAAAUCACUAGUUUCUCAGACUACAGCUCAGGUACUAAUUGGUCUGCUGAUUUUAUUAGUAGCGACAAUUAUGAAAGUAACUUAGACUCAGAAUUAUCGAUAUCCAGUGACAAUGCCAACUUCAAAUCAGUGAAUAAGGACGAGGGGUUUUCAGAUCUUUCAAAAGACGUUAAUAAUACAGACGAUUUUGCAAAUUUUCAUCAACGAUUAACAAAAACGUUAAAAUAGAUAUAGAAACUAUUAGUAAUUCAACACAUUCCAAAAAUAUACGCAAUGCUGAAAAAACUAAUCUAGUCAAAGAUAAAAAUAUUCAAAACAGUUCAGAAACUAAUUUUAACCAUGAGGACGAUAAUAAUGAUUUUAAAAUUGACAGUGAAGACGACGAUUUUGGAACAUUUGCUUCACAAACUAUUUUUGACAGUUCGCCGAAAUUUGUAAAUAAUGAAAUGGAACACAUAAAAGAUACAAAGAUUAUAACAAAUGAAACUAAAUAUUUAGAAACUGAAGAUAAAUCUCUCGUUCAAUCUCGAAAUUUUUUACCCGAUGAUGAUUUAUCUGUAGAGUCUAAAAAACAUGAUGAAAUUAAUACUGAACACACAGAUUUUAAAUCUGAAACUAGCACACAGAAAGAUAUUAUUAAUUCGGAAAUAUUUCAAGAUUUUCCUGUAUUUGGAAUAGAUGAUGCCAUUAAAGCAUGCGAAUUCGACGAUUUUGCAAAUUUUACAUCGGCUACUGAGGGUUCAAAAGAACAGCAGCAGCAAGUUACAAAUGAAAAAGAAACUUCAGAAUUUGGUGUUUUCACCGCAAGUGCAUCACAGGAAGAUAAUGACUUUGGUGAUUUUGGCAAUUUUACGUCACAGGCAUAUCCAUCCACAAGUAAAGAAGGUGGCUCUAAAGAUGUAGUAGAUGACGAUGAUUUUGAUGAUUUUGCCUCAUUUUCUACAACAACUGAUCCCCAAGGCUUAGAUCCUAAUAUUUCUGAUGAUGCUUUUGGAGAUUUCGGUAAUUUCACGUCGUCUACUUCUGAUCCGAAACCAGAUAAUCAGUCACUAGAGGAGACAUUCCCUGUUCUUGAUGUAAAAGAAGUUUUCAAAAAAACGGAGGAGGUGGUAAAGGAAAUAUUUGUUCUUCCUGAAGAAACGCAGGAAGAUUUUAUCUAUUUUGAACUAGGAAAAGAUGAUUUUGUUUUCAAGCAAAUACAGGAUAUAACAGAUUCUCCUGCUUUGACAUACCAUUGGUCAAAAUCUACAAGUCAGAAGUAUUUGCUCAAAAGCUUAAACAUUGAUGCUAGAAAUAUACUCCACGGGCACAACUGGAACCCAUCAGUUCCGAAAUUCGCCGCGAAUUUGGGUGGUCAGCCGUUAGAACCUAUUAAGAUGGAAUCUCUUACACCAUCGCCAUCUAAACCAACCCCUCCGGCUCCUCAAACCAGCUCUCAAACUUCUCAAGAGGCUCAAGAUGUACCAAGUGCGCAGUUCGACUGGACAAAUUCUGGAUUGGUGAAUCCCCUCGACUAUUCAUCUAAUGAAUUGACCAAAGAACCUGUGAAACCGAAAGCUCCCAAAUCCAUCUCACCAAGCGUGGAGUUUGAAGAGUUCACCUCAUUCCAAUCUUCGAAAUCUUCGGAACAACCUCAGAUUCCCUCCUGGCCCACUGUACCCUUAAGAGAAACAUACAUAUCUGAUGUUACACAAUCCCAUAUCGAUGUAGAUGUAUGCCUACAGCCUACCAUAGUAACUCCCGAAUUGCCUAGAAAAAUAAUAUCUGAAGAGGAUUCAGUGUUCACUGAGACAAACCUAGAAGUUAAAGAUAUUGUUGAAAAACAUGUCGAUGAUGUAGAAUUUGACGAUUUUCAGAGUUUUCCCGAAAACGUUGAACAUAGUAGUAAUAAAACAGAUGCAGAUCAAGUUCCUGAAAAAUUAUCUUAUGACAGCAUUUCUAGCAAGACUAUUCUAGAAUUAACACCAAUAUCAACAGGCAGUAAAAACAACGAUGAGACAAUAACACAGUUUGAUGCAUUCGUCGAUAAAAAUGCUUUCGAUAAUAGAGUAGAGUUUUCAAAACCGUCAAUACCAGAAAUUACGAAUAUUUUUCCAGAAAUUCCAAGUAAUCCUCUACCAGAGCCUGUAAAAACACUUGAAUUGCAACCAAAACCUUUAGGCGAUAACAACGAAGGCGACGACGAUUUUACAGAGUUCCAUUCUUCAGUACCGUUACCCCAGCCGCAAGUUACACCAAUGGCACCCAUCUUAGAGCCUUUGAAGCCUGUGCCGGUCUACUCGAAUGCUCCUUCAUCUCAGAUUAACUGGCCGGAUCCAGGUGUUACCGAUGAUGAAAUCAGAAGGUUUGAAGAAGUUUUUUCGGUGCCACUAAACCAGAUACAUGAAGAGAAGCCUAGUUUGGAAGAUAAACAAGAGAAACCGAAGAAAGACAAACCGAAUGAAGCGAAAGUAAAUAAUAAUUUUAGUACGGUUCACACAAAGAAGUCUGAAAUAAAGGAAAAUGCAAGGACUGACUUUCCACUUUGGGAUACUUCUCCGGAAAAGAAACCUUAUAGAAAGCCGGAGUUCAAACCAGAACCCAGAAAGGUAGAAGUGAAACCGAAUCCCAUUGAAAAUGACGAGUGGUCAGAUUUUGUGUCUGUGCAAAAACCCUCCCCAAUUCACAAAGCAAAAUUCUCAGACCGAAAUCAAACAUCUAGUCCCGAUUUACCCCUUUCUGUUCUCAAUUUAGGGAGCAUACAACCAGCUAAACAGCCUAUUCCUGUUAUUACGCCUCGAGGUUUGGUUCAAACCAAACUAUCAACUAAUAUGAACCCCGUUAAUCAACACAAAUCUAAUUUGAUACAUCCUAAGCCUUCCUACGGCCAACCUGUAUUACAACCUUCUAUUAUAAGCAACCAGUUUGCUUCUCAGGCUUACAAUGUGGGCAUGAAUGCUCCGCAACCAUAUAGUUUUGUAUCAACUAUGUCCCAAUCUUCUAGUGGCGGAACUCUAAAAUCUAGUCAUACAGUUACAAACAUAAUGGCUAAUGGUCAAGAAGACGACGAAUGGGGUGAAUUUGUAUCAAGCCCCCUACCACCACAGCUUCAAAACUCCUCUACUACUGUUGGACAUAGCUGGAACCAAUUCGUACCUAACCCAGUGCGAUUAAACAAUCCGAUGACAGGUAUACGAGAUCAUAGGAGGUCAAACAGUUCAGGAGGACAGAAAAAGAGUAGUCACGUUCCAGGUAUGGUAUUGCCAGAUUUGGAUUUUAAGGCUCUCAAAGAGCGUUCUAGCGUUACUAGGAAGAAAUGACCAAGGAAUCAGGUCGUACUUUAAGGUUGUAUAUUUGUACAGAUAAAAUUUUAUAGUACUGAAAUCACCGAAGUUUUUACGUUUCAAAAAGUAGGAUGUUUAUAAUAGAUGUUUUUAAUUUUAAAUUAUUUGUUGUCUUAAAAACUAAAAAGUUUAUAAUACGACUUUUAAGUCAUACAUAAUCAAACAAUUUCCAUAGACAAUUGAACGUACUGAUAAGUGAUAAAUAUAUAUUUAUGAAGUUAAAAGCUGCAGUUAGCUACUUAUUUAUUUUAUGAACGUUAUGACAACACAAAACCUAAUGUACUGUAUUGGUAAAAAAAUUCAAAGUUGUGUACUGUAUUGGUAAGAAAAUACAAACGGCCCCUUUACUUUUUACUGCUCACUACUAAGUGCUGGUCAAUAAUGGAUUUUCUACCAACCGUUAAGGUUGGUAUUAGCUAAUUUUAUGAGCUAUAUAUUGAGCAGAUAUACUCAUAUAUUGCGAUUUUAUAGUCAAGACGUUUUAUAGUCCGGAGUCUGGAUGAGUCUUGUUACAAUUAAUAUACUUAAUAUCUUUCAGUAUUUUUUUCGGAGAUCACUUGUGACUAACGAUGGGAACUCUAGGUUAAAAAUAGCUAGAUAAUUUGAAUCACUACAAAAACCUGUGUGAGGAAAACACGAAGAUUUCGACAUGUUAAAAACUGACCUAAUUCCAUUUAUACACAGUUUCUUGACUUUUUCACUCCAAUAUUAAAAAAAAAAUGAGAAUAAGCUCAAACUGGAUUGACUGAUGAAGUUUCUCAAAUAAAUUGUUCAGCGUCACCUCAAACUAAACUUUAUAAGGAAUUAAAAUGAAAUAAAAUACACAUAUUACUGUAAUUUAUAUU